AUGUCAUACUUCUACAACCUCGUUUCCAUUGUCCACGGCAGAGAGAAUGCCUUCAUAUCCGCAAACAAUGUUGAUGAGCCGCCUAUAAAGAACGACCAAGUUCUGAGGACAAAGCUGAAGCGUGCGAGAUACAGGUCUCCUCUCUUGAAUAUGAUUGUCACUAACACACCUGAUAUACAGNAGGCCAGCAGAAACGUCCCCAAGUAUCUCUUUCGCAUGUGGGAUGCAAGCUCUGGCGGCAGUCCCAAACUCAACACCACAAAGCGAAUCACACCCCUGGCCUUCGACCGUUCGUAUGCGUCGGGUCAUCAGUCAGUGUAUGACAUGACUCGCUCCGAGCUCAUCACAAAUAGCUCAAUGCAUCUGGACGGCUCUUACGACGUCGUGACUGAGUUUUCUUCCUGGUCACACUCGCCGUACUUUGCAUUCUACUAUGCCCAGAAGCGUAGCUCGUCUGGCACUGUUCACGUCGCCAUCAUCGACACUGAAGAGUUGGCCAAGUCGAACCCGGCCUUCCACGUGCCUGCUCUAGGCAAGACUCUUGGAAGAAGUGGUAGCUUCCAGUACGAAGAGGAGUAUCUCGUGCACGGCGUGAUCGAGGGACAGUUCUACAAGGCCGUUCCUUACAACCAGCUCUGUAACCUUGGUCUGCUCAAGCAACUGCCCGGACUCAACAAGAGCGGCAUCGACGCCUUCGACCACAGGGACAUUCGUCUUCUCCCCGGCGAAGAAGAGAACUACACGACCGACGAGCUACGCCAACUCAGAAAACUUGCGUUGCCCUACGGCGACACAUUCUCCCUUCCCAUGGCCAUCGUCCUCUUCUGCUGCAAGAAGCGUCCUGGAUACUGGUCUGAACUCAGCGCCUCUGAUCUCGACACCAUCAUCACAGUGCUCGGUGGCUGGGAGAAGAUUCCCCACAACUGGUGCAGCUCUCGCAGCGUGUUCAGCAAGAACGUCUACCCCAAGAAUUGGGAUGCCAAUGAGCAGGUCCAGAAUCUCAUGGAAGCACUGUACACUCACUGUUAUGGCAAGGGUGCUAGAGGUAAUGAGAAGAGGUAUGCUGCCAGAACUGCAAAGACUGAGGUUGAUGAGGAGGACAUUGUUGGAGCUAUGGCUUCGAUGAGCGUCAGUCGUGAUGAUGCUGACGAAGUAUCUACUGAAGGCGGUGCAAAGCAGAAGUUGGCCAGGAAGCCUACACAGAAAAGAGUCCAAGGCUUUGCGGGCAGGAAGUAG